AUGGAGAAAUUAGAAAUUAUGAUAAAGCUUGCUUCAGACCGAAAUAUAGACCGGGUUUUAUUGGAAUUUAAGGAAUAUGCUACUGAAGUUAAUGUAGAUUUUGAUAGAAAGGUUGUUCGUGCAAUUGGCCGUUGCGCCAUCAAAUUAGAGAGAGCAGCUCAGAGAUGCAUUAGUGUAUUGCUUGAGUUGAUCAAGAUAAAAGUAAAUUAUGUGGUUCAAGGGGCAAUCAUUGUUAUCAAAGACAUAUUUAGACGAUACCCCAACACAUAUGAGUCCAUAAUUGCAACUCUUUGUGAGAGCUUAGACACAUUGGAUGAUCCCGAAGCUAAGGCAUCAAUGAUCUGGAUAAUUGGUGAAUACGCGGAAAGAAUUGACAAUGUUGACGAGCUUCUUGAAAGUUUCUUGGAAUGUUUCCCUGAAGAACCUGCACUUGUCCAACUACAAUUGCUGACUGCUACUGUCAAACUUUUCCUUAAGAACCCAACUGAGGGCCCACAACAGAUGAAUCAGGUUGUUUUGAACAAUGCCACUAUGGAGACAAAUAAUCCCGAUUUGCGAGUUCGUGCAUACAUAUAUUGGCGUCUCCUCUCAACUGACCUAGAGGAAGCUAAGGAUGUUGUGUUAGCUGAGAAGCCUGUGAUAAAUGAUGACUCUAACAACCUUGAUCCUUCUCUACUUGACGAGCUUCUUGUCAAUAUUGCUACAUUAUCUUCUGUUUAUCACAAGCCCCCGGAAGCAUUUGUAACCCGCACACAUUCAUCGGCCCAGAAAACUGAAGAUGAUGACUAUCCUGAUGUAAGUGAAUCUGAGUCAUCUGUAAAUCUUGCUAAUGGUCCUGGGUCACCACCUACUUCCAUCUAUACAAUACCUUAUCCUCAAAAUCAGCAACCAGUUCAGAAGUAUCCUAUUCCUCAACCUCAAGUUCAUCUACAAAUGCAACCUAAUGCUCCAGUUCAACAUCCUUCUCAGCCUCAGAUGCAAUCUCACCUUCCCAUGCCUCUUAAUGUACACGCUCAAGGGCAAAAUACAAUGUCACGUGCAGUUACAGGUCAUCACUCUUAUCCCCAACCUCUGCCUCAUCAGAAUAUGGAAGUGGGAGCCCCUCAAUCUAACAUGCACUUGAAUCCUCAAAAUGGGCAGCUCUAG